AUGCGGUGUAUCACGUGUGGUGUCUACAUAUACAAAGCCACCAAAUUCAAUGCCAGGAAGGAGACGGUUGAAGGUGAGGAGUAUCUGGGGAUUAAAAUCUUUCGGUUUUACAUCCGUUGCCCAAAGUGUCAUCAGGAGAUCACAUUCAAAACAGACCCGGAAAAUGCCGAUUAUGUGCCGGAGAAUGGCGUAACAC